UCAGGCGUCCUUCUCCGCUCCGGCUGACCCCUUGUUUCCGCCGUUGGCCGAAACACUGCGAAGGCCGUUACCUGAGCGCUACCGGUCGCCGACAUGGCUGAGGAAAAAGAUUGCCUGAGGGGAGACGUAGAGAAGGGCGAGCAGCCGGUGGUAACCAUUACCGGUGGUGCGUGCUCUGGGAAGCAGGCGGCGGAGGAGCCGAUGAAGGUGGAAGCGGAGGCGGGGGCUGAUGCCUGCUCUGACGACCUCAGCUGUGGGGAGGCCGACAUCGACCCAAGCCUGCUGGAGCUGGUUGAUGAGGAGAAAUGCCGGAGUAUCCGCAAGCAGUACCGGCAGCUCAUCUAUAACGUCCAGCAGAACCGUGAUGACAUAGUGAACACGACGAGCGAGUCCUUAACCGAAGCUCUCGAAGAAGCCAAUGUCCUGUUUGAUGCAGUGAGUCGAACGAGAGAAGCGGCCCUCGACGCUCAGUUUCUUGUUUUGGCUUCUGAUUUGGGUAAAGAAAAAGCAAAGCAGCUAAACUCUGACAUGAGCCUUUUUAAUCAGGUGGCAUUUUGUGAUUUUCUGCUUAUAUUUGUGGGUCUAAACUGGAUGGAAGAUGAUGGACGUGAUGCGCUGAGUGACUGUGAUGAUAAUAUAGUUCGCUCUUUUUGGGAGACAGUACAAAAGGAAGCAACGUCGUGGAUGCUGCAAGCUGAAACAUUCCACUUUAUAUUCGGUUCAUUCAAAUCAGAGCCUUCCGCGCGGAAGCCCCGACUUGAGCACCGGAAAAGAGUUCACAGAAUGGAAGAAAACGGGGAUAUGCCUACAAAGCUGAGGAAGCUGGACCUGAGUAGUAAUCAAGAAGCGACAGAAAAAGAAGUAGAAAGAAUCUUGGGAUUGUUGCAAACGUACUUUCAGAAGUAUCCUGAUACUCCCGUGUCCUAUUUUGAGUUUGUGAUUGACCCAAACUCUUUCUCUCGUACUGUGGAGAAUAUAUUUUAUGUUUCUUUCAUUAUAAGGGAUGGUUUUGCAAGAAUAAGGCUUGACCAUGACAGGCUGCCAAUAUUGGAGCCCAUUAAUAUUAACCAUGUGGGUGAGGGGAAUGAUUCCAGUUCCCAUUGCAGGAAACAAGGAGUUAUAUCUUUGAGUUUACAGGACUGGAAAAAUAUUGUGGCAACUUUUGAAAUCUCAGAGGCCAUGAUCACAAACUCGUACUAAAGAUUUUUGUUCUUAGUGUAGGAGACAUUUUGUGGCUUUUCUUAAGCAUCUCAAAAUGGAGAGUAAAAUCCAAACAGAAACACAUAUUGUAUCUCUUGUAAAGUGAAAAAGUAUUUUCAAGAACAUCAGAAAUUGUU